UAACCUUUGGUAAACAGGGGGCGUACCAUCAUCAUCAUCAUCAUGGCUGCCAUCGUCGACCACGAAUUCCCGAUUCACGGUCUCCUACCGAAAAGAGAGACCGGCGCCGCGGCUUUCCUCGCCAAAUAUCCCGAGUACGACGGCAGGGGAGUUACUAUAGCUAUCCUGGACACGGGGGUGGACCCUGGAGCUCCUGGUUUGCAGCACACCUCUGACGGGAGGCCAAAGAUCGUGGACAUCAUCGACACCACGGGAAGCGGGGAUGUGGAUGUGUCGACUGUCGUGGAGCCAAAAGACGGAGAAAUCGCGGGUCUGUCAGGAAGAACCCUUAAGAUCCCUGCUAGUUGGGAGAACCCCACCGGCCGUUACCACAUCGGGGUGAAGAACAUGUACGAACUCUUCCCCAAACAACUCAGAGACAGGACUCAGAAAGAGAAGAAAGAGAAGACCUGGGACCCUCCCCACAGGGUGGCUCUGGCAGAGGCUACCAGGAAACUGGAUGAGUUUGACACGGCACAUCCCAACCCUACAGCACAGGAUGAGAAGCUACAGAGAGAAGACCUCCAGGCCCAGGUGGACAUCCUGACCAGUCAGGAGAAGAAGUACUCGGACCCUGGACCUGUUUGUGACUGUCUGGUCUGGCAUGAUGGAAACACUUGGAGGGCUGUACUAGACACGAGUGAGUCAGGAGACCUGGAGUCCUGUACUGUACUGGCCAGCUACAGGGAACAUCAGCAGUAUGCUACCUUCAGUCAGCUGGACAUGUUCAACUACUCUGUCAACAUCUAUGAUGAGGGAAAGGUUCUUAACAUCUGUGCCAAUGGAGGAGCCCACGGGACCCAUGUGGCGUGCAUCGCUGCGGGAAACUUCCCCGAUGACCCUGAGAGGAACGGGGUCGCGCCGGGAGCACAGAUCGUCGCCAUCAAGAUCGGAGACUCGCGGCUGAGCACCAUGGAGACAGGGUCUGCACUCAUCAGGGCUAUGAUUGCUGUGAUAGAUCAGAAAUGUGAUCUGGUGAACUUCAGCUAUGGGGAGGCUGCACACUGGCCUGACAAGGGUCGAGUGUGUGACGUCAUCUCGGAGGCAGUCAACAAACAUCGUGUGAUCUUCGUGUCGAGCGCUGGAAACAACGGCCCUGCUCUGACUACUGUAGGCACACCUGGGGGUACUACCUCCAGUAUUAUUGGUGUUGGUGCCUUCGUGUCUCCAGAGAUGAUGACGGCUGAAUACUCUCUCAGGGAAAAACUGCCUAGCAACCAGUACACCUGGUCGUCAAGGGGACCAACUAUAGACGGAGCCUUAGGUGUGAGUAUUUCUGCACCAGGUGGUGCCAUAGCUUCUGUGCCUAACUGGACUCUACGUGGCUCACAGUUAAUGAACGGGACUUCCAUGUCUUCACCUAACGCUUGUGGGGGCAUCGCUCUGGUCCUGUCUGCCCUGAAGGCGACCGGUGUAGCCUACACCCCCUACACCGUGAAGACUGCCCUGGAGAACACAGCACAGAAGGUGGAGGGGGUGGAGGUCUUCGCUCAGGGACAUGGGGUGCUGCAGGUGGAGAAGGCUUUUGAUCACCUGCGCCAGCAUGCUGACUCUGCAGAGAGGAACGUGAGGUUUUCUGUGGCAGUGAACGGUGGGAGGGGGGUGCACCUGAGACAGGCCCUGUCACAGAGGAAACCUACAGAGAUGACCGUCAGUAUAGAACCUGUGUAUGCUGAGGACAUAGAUGCCAAUGAGAAGAUAGCUCUCUCCAUCCAUGUGAGCCUUGUGAGUGAGGUUCCGUGGGUACACGUGCCGCCAUGUUUGGAACUCAUGAACACUCCAAGGACAUUUGUCAUCAAGGUCGACCCAAGAGGACUCAGGGAAGGAGCUCACUAUACUGAGGUUUUAGGCUAUGACAUCAGUAACCCCCAUAAAGGCCCCCUGUUCCGAGUACCAGUGACCGUAGUACGACCAGAGACAGUACAGGACAAGGUACAGUACAAGGUGACCUCUGAGAAAGAAGUGACCUUCAAACCAGGACAGGUGCACAGGAGGUUCAUCGACGUGCCGCUCGGAGCUACCUGGGCAGAGUUUACUAUACAGUCCCUGUCCCCAGAGACAGUGGGAAGGUUCAUCCUCCACAUGGUCCAGCUCCAGCCUCUGUCUGCCUACAGAACACACGAGUCCUACAAGUUCUUCAACCUUACAGAGCUGGGGGAGGUCUCCUAUACCUGCCCUGUACUGGAGGGAGUUACAGUAGAAGUGUGCCUGGCCCGUUGGUGGGCAAGUCUGGGGGAAGUCAAUGUGAACUACAGUGUCACCUUCCACGGACUACAGCCCAGUAUUACUACUCUCAACCUGCAUGCAGCAGAUGGCAUCACCAGGGUGGACGUGAAGUCACCGCUGAAGCAUGAAGACGUCCAACCCAGUAUCAAACUGGAGCACGGUGUGUGUCCACUCAGGCCUUCUGAGUUUAAGAUCCGUCCCCUGGGAGACAGAGAUGUGCUGCCCCCCAACAGACCCUCGUACGAGCUGGUUCUCACCUAUAACUACCAUCAGACUAAGACCUGUGAGGUGACGCCCCACUGCCCUACUCUAUGUGACCUGCUGUAUGAGUCAGACUACGACUCCCAACUCUGGAUGUUGUUUGACAGUAACAAACAGCUGAUGGGGUCUGGGGAUGCCUACCCACACCAGUACAACUUCAAGCUAGAGAAGGGGGACUACACCAUCAAGUUCCAGAUCAGGCAUGAGACAAAAGACCUUCUGGAGAAGCUGAAGGACCUGACGUUCCUGGUGCAAUACAAACUGCCCAACGCUCUGUCGUUGGACGUCUAUCCAUCCAAGUCUAACGCACUGCUGGGCAAGGCCAAGUUCGGCACACAGCGGUGUGGGAUAGGGGUGACGGCACCCAUGUUUAUUACAUCUCUACCUGACGACAAGGUCCCGAAGGCUGCUAGUCCAGGACACUACCUGGUAGGACAGAUCUCAUACGCCAAGGCUGAACCUGGCAAGAAAACUGGGAAACACAAAAAGAAGACGGAUAUGGCCACCUACCCUGUGCACUAUGUAAUCUCAGCGCCUCCCAGCAAACCUAAGAACGGUGGGAAAGACAAGGACAAGAAGGAUGAGAAGGAUCCUCAGGAGGAGUUUAACGAGGCUCUCAGGGACUUUAAAAUACAGUGGAUGUCAAAGCUUGACAGCAAGGCCAUCUAUGAGGAGUUGAAGGAACUGCACCCAAACCACCUGCCCUUACAUGUAGGCAGACUGCAGGCACUGGAUAAUGACAAGGAGAGAUUGAAACAACUGGAUGACAUCAUCACAGCUGCGGACGCUGUGAUUGGUCAGGUGGACACGGCAGAACUAGCGAGUUUCCUCGCCCUGAAGGCAGACACACGCUCAGAUGCUGCCACCAUCAAAGUUGAGAUGGAGAAGAAGAAGGCCGCCCUGAUCGACGCCGUGUGCAGGAAGGGCAGCGCAGCGGCAGACAGGAUUCUACAGGCACUGGAGGGGGACGCAGUGGGCAGCACGGAAAUGGUGAAGGACCUCGCCCUUGUGAAAGAAACAUUUGAGGAGCUGCUGAAAUGGGCAGAACCAAUGGACAUGAAGGUGGUGAGUUUUACCAUGAAACAUGCCAUGGUGAGCAGUCAGUACGGCAGAGCCAUCAGGGCAGCUCAGAAGAUUCUGGACGACAAACCUAACAAGGAAAACGAGAGGAAAUGUAUAGAGCUGUACAGGAAGGUUGGCUGGGACCAUGUAGCCAGACACAGCGAGCGCUGGCUGCCUGUCAGAUACCCACAAUCCUACACUCUCUUCUAGACCGGGACUGGCAAACUGUGUAACUUCCUAACAGCCAUCAACAUUGAAGAGCACGACUACCGUAAAGCAUGAAACCUUUGCAGUGGU